AUGAUCAUCUUCGUAUGGCGCGCAUGUCCAGUUACCACGAAUGGCAAUGAGCAGGCUCACCGCAAUGUUAACUGUGACGGCGUGAACUUGACACUUCUAGGUGGCAUUACAAGAGGACGAGCCUUUGACGACCGAGCAGCGCAGAGCAUUGAUGUUCAUGUGUCAUUGGACAUUGGCGUUCGUGAUCGUGAUUCCACUCGUGUUUACCGUGCAUCGAGAAGUAUCACUCGUCAAGGUAUGCAUGCCUCCUUAAUUGCUGCAUUUUUCACUUGGACGGUUCCCCUUCUUUUGCUUUUUCACCUGCUUUUAGUGUACUUGUUAUUGAAUGAAAAAGUAAAACAAGUGAAAUAA